AUGGAAGGUGAGGGAAGUUGUUGUAUCGCCGGCGGCGGAGGCGUCGGAGAUUACGAGGAGGAGGCGUCGAAAGCGCAGCGAAUUAUGCUUAAAUUCCGUCCGAUUGCUCCGAAGCCAACCGGUGGUGGAGGAGGAGGAGGAGGGCAUGUGAGUGAAAGAGAUCUGGGGAGGAAGAGAAGAAGAUACCGAGUAGGAGUAGUAACUUUGCCUUUACUGGGGGAGAUUAAUAAUAAUAAUAAUAGUAAUAGGAAUAGAGUGAUAACACCGAGGGCGCCGACGUCUAUAGUGACGGUUGAAAGGCUGACGGAGACGUGGGUUGAGGAGUACGGUCUAGGGUAUAGUGACGGUGAGCGAGUGAGUCGUCUGAAUAUGGAUGCGUGUCCGGGUUUUGUAUCGGAUGGGUUCGGUAGGGUUAUAUGGACUAACGGGGCAUAUAGAAGAGAGAUUAUGGUGGACGAGGGCGGAGGAGGAGGGGGAGAAGUGCUGGUGUUUUUGGUGAUUAAGGAAGAGAAUAUUUCGAUAUUGAUACGAGGUGCGGCGGCGUUUACUUGUAGGGUUAGGCUUCAGUAUGGUUGUAGAUCAAUGGCGUCGAUACCUUGUGAUGCAUGGAGAAUGGAUGCGGGUGGUUUUGCUUGGAGGCUUGAUAUGAAGGCAGCUUUAACUUUGAGAUUACCUCGUUGA